AUUGGUUUGGCUUUGACCUCGCCGAUUUCCGAGUCGGCAGAGGAGGUGCGCUGGUGGUUUGUGCUCGCUGCCCGUUGCGUGGUGGAUGAUGGCCGCUUCAAAGCCUGUAGAGCCGCAGUCCGCGAGUGGUCUCCCCCGCUGGCAGCUGGCACUCUUAGUGGGUACACCAAUAGUUCUUGGAGUUGGUGCUGUCUACCUCUGGAACCGCAGUCGUACGAAGGAGAAGGACGGCAAAGAAGGGGAUGGGGAGCGGAAAGCCCCAGAAGGCAGCGCUAGCCCUGUUCAGGGCCAACGCAGCGCGCCCAAUGCAGAACACGAGAACAUGAGUCCCCUGGACCGAGCCCAGGCUGCCAAGAACAAGGGCAAUAAAUAUUUCAAGGCCGGGAAGUAUGAGCAGGCCAUUGCAUGCUACACGGAGGCCAUCAGCAUGUGCCCCAAAGAGCAGAAGACCGACCUGUCCACCUUCUACCAGAACAGAGCCGCCGCCUUCGAGCAGCAGAUGAAAUGGACAGAAGUUGUCCUGGAUUGCACACAAGCCGUGGAACUCAACCCCAGAUAUGUGAAGGCCCUGUUCAGACGUGCCAAAGCCCUGGAGAGACUGGACAACAAGAAGGAGUGCCUGGAAGAUGUUACUGCCGUGUGUAUCCUUGAGGCCUUCCAGAACCAGCAGAGCAUGCUGUUAGCAGACAAGGUUCUGAAGCAGCUGGGGAAAGAGAAGGCCAAAGAGAAGUACAAGAACCGGGAGCCGCUGAUGCCCUCUCCUCAGUUUAUCAAGUCCUACUUCAGCUCCUUCACAGACGACAUCAUCUCCCAGCCCCUGCAGAAGGGCGAGAAGAAAGAUGAAGACAAAGACAAGGAGGGCGAGGCUGCCGAGGUCUCCGAAAGCUCGGGUUACCUGAAGGCCAAGCAGUACAUGGAGGAGGAGAACUACGACAAGAUCAUCAGCGAGUGCACCAAAGAGGUGGAGUCUGGGGGCCGCUACACCGCCGAGGCCCUGUUGCUCCGCGCCACCUUCUACCUGCUCAUUGGCAACGCCACGGCCGCCCAGCCCGACCUCGACAAGGUCAUCAACAUGCAGAACGCCAACGUCAAGCUGCGGGCUAACGCGCUGAUCAAGCGUGGCAGCAUGUACAUGCAGCAGCAGCAGCCCCAGCUCUCCACGCAAGACUUCAACCUGGCCGCAGACAUCGACACACGCAACGCAGACGUCUACCACCACCGGGGACAGCUGAAGAUCCUGCUGGACCAGGUGGAGGAGGCCGUGGGCGACUUUGACGAGUGCAUCCAGCUCCGUCCGGACUCGGCCCUCGCUCAGGCCCAGAAGUGCUUCGCCCUGUACAGGCAAGCGUACACCGGAAACAACCCAGCCCAGGUACAGACAGCCAUGGAUGGCUUUGAAGAUGUCAUCCGGCGGUUCCCCAAGUGUGCCGAAGGUUACGCUCUGUACGCUCAGGCCUUGACUGACCAGCAGCAGUUCGGCAAGGCCGAUGAAAUGUACGACAAGUGCAUCGACCUGGAGCCGGACAACGCUACCACAUACGUUCACAAAGGACUUCUGCAGCUGCAGUGGAAACAGGAUGUGGACAUGGGGCUGGAGCUCAUCAGUAAGGCCAUAGAGAUCGACAACAAAUGUGACUUUGCUUACGAAACCAUGGGAACUAUUGAAGUCCAAAGAGGCAAUCUAGACAAAGCAAUCGACAUGUUCAACAAGGCUAUCAACCUGGCCAAGUCUGAGAUGGAGAUGGCCCACCUGUACUCACUCUGUGAUGCUGCUUAUGCCCAAACCGAGGUGGCCAGGAAGUAUGGCCUGAAGCCCCCUACGCUGUAAUGCCCAUCUCUGUCUCCUCUUUCUCUAUCUAUCUCUCUCUCUCUCUCUCUCUCUCUCUCUCUCUCUCUCUCUCUCUCUCUCUCUCUCUCUCUCUCUCUCUCUCUCUCGCUCGCUCUCUCUCGCUUUCUCUCCCUCUCUCUUUCUCUUCCUCCCCUUCCCCCCUUUGCGCUUCCUUCUCUCAUAACAUGUGACAUUGCGUACAUUAGCUCAACUUAAUUGAGUAUAUUUAAGUUUUCAGACGAUGCUGGGCCAUGCUAUGCUACUUUUAAUUGGAUACAUCCCUGACUGGUAACAUCCAACAUAUUGUUGGAGGUUUUCUUUUUUGUUUCCUUUCUAUAGACACUAAAAUCGUUACAGUCAGUGUCAUUGUACAUUAUCAGAGGAGAACUGUGUAGCAUUGCAACAGACUGUUCAUUUGUUACCAUAAUGUUAGUCUUGUUAAAAUUGUGCGUUCUGUCCAAAUUCCUUCAUAUCCUAAGAGUCGAUAUGCAUCAUCACUGUAUGGGAAAUGCAGGUUUAAAACUUUAGUCAAGACAUGUUAAUGUAAUUAAGUCAGUUGUCAGCGUGUUUGAUGUAAUGCUGGAAUAAAUAAGAUUAUGGGCAAUGGGACUAAAGGUGAAGUUAAGAGAUUUGGACUAUACUUUUGUUUGUUGGUCGGGGGGUUGUUGUUUUUUUUUUUGUUUUUUUUUUUAGUUUGUCUUGCUUUUUCUUUCUUUUUAUAUUCUGUACAGCAUGUGUGAGAAUUCUCUUUAUAAAUAAAUGUCAAGAUUAUUCUGCUGUAAUACUACUCUAGCACCAGUCAACCUGUGAAUGGUGUAUGUGCGAAAUGAAGAAAGAACAACUGUCUUGGUGACCGAUUCAAAUGUUGACAUCUCUUUCCCCCUCCUUUUUUUUUGCAUCCUUUUAAGCCCAAAUUGUUUUGUUUCACCUAAUUACUCCUAACUUUGUAUGCGUCCCCAUUGGAAAAAAAGAGUAGCUUAAUUUAUUUGUUAUAGGCACUUGUAACUUUCAGAGUUCUAAAGGAUAAUUAAUCUUAAACUGGAAUGCUAAUUUCUGCACCCAACACCAAGAAUAAAAAAAGAGAAGAUUGUUUAAA